GGGCUGCCAGGGAGAGGCCGGCGGUGCCAGGGGCGGCGACGGGUGCGGGCGCGGUGCGGCUCAGCUUCCCUCCCGGCGCGUGUAGGCGCCGGCCCGCGAGCUCACCAUGGCGGAGAGGGCCUUGCCGAACCCCUACGCCGACUACAACAGGUCGCUGGCCGAGGGCUACUGCGACGCCGCGGGCGCGCUGACUGCUGAGUUCUCACAACGCUUGAACAAUAAGAUUCGAGAGCUGCUUCAGCGAAUGGAGAGAGGCCUAAAGUCGGCGGAUCCUCGGGAUGGCACUGCCUACACUGGCUGGACAGGCAUUGCUGUGCUUUACCUACAUCUCUAUGAUGUGUUCGGGGACCCUGGCUACCUACAGAUGGCACACACUUAUGUAAAGCAGGGUCUGAACUGUUUGUCCAAGCGUUCCAUCACUUUCCUUUGUGGGGAUGCAGGCCCUCUGGCAGUGGCUGCUGUGGUGUAUCACAAGAUGAACAAUGAGAAGCAGGCAGAAGACUGCAUCACCCGGCUAAUUCACCUAAAUAAGCUUGAUUCCCAUGCUCCAAAUGAAAUGCUCUAUGGACGGAUGGGCUACAUCUAUGCUCUUCUCUUUGUGAAUAAGCACUUUGGAGUGGAAAAGAUUCCUCAAAGCCACAUUCAGCAGAUUUGUGAAACAGUCUUAACCUCUGGAGAAAACCUAGCUAGAAAGAGAAAUUUCACAGCAAAGACUCCACUGAUGUAUGAAUGGUACCAAGAAUAUUACGUGGGGGCUGCUCACGGCCUGGCAGGAAUUUACUACUUUCUGAUGCAGCCCAGCCUUCAGGUGAGCCAUGCGAAGUUACAUAGUUUGGUCAAGCCCAGUGUAGACUAUGUCUGCCAGCUGAAAUUCCCUUCUGGCAAUUACCCGCCAUGUGUGGACGAUACUCGAGAUCUGCUAGUCCACUGGUGCCACGGUGCCCCUGGGGUAAUCUACAUGCUCAUCCAGGCCUAUAAGGUGUUCAGAGAGGAGCGCUAUCUCACCGACGCCCGGCAGAGCGCUGACCUGAUCUGGCAGUACGGGCUGCUGAAGAAGGGCUACGGGCUGUGCCACGGCGCCGCGGGCAAUGCCUAUGCCUUCCUGGCGCUGUUCAACCUCACACAGGACAGGAAGUACCUGUACAGGGCCUGCAAGUUCGCUGAGUGGUGCUUGGAUUAUGGAGAACAUGGAUGCAGAACACCGGACACCCCCUUCUCCCUCUUUGAAGGAAUGGCUGGAACAAUAUAUUUCCUGGCUGACCUGCUAGUGCCCGAGAAAGCCCGGUUCCCUGCAUUUGAACUGUAAAAGGAAAGCUUGCCCCCCGCGAUUGACUGCAUGACCCUUUCUGUGUAUCAGGCCUGGGCUAAGCGCUGUCGUUGCUUUUCAAGGAAAUAGAGAGUCAAACUGUGUACUUGAUUUAGUGGAUUUUUUUUCAGAAUUUGUCUUUAGUUCAGUUUGUUUUCUUUAUCAUUUAUUUUUAUUUUAAAAUAUCAGGAAAUCUUUUAACUUCAGUUUCUUCCUAUAAGGAGGUUCGAUGAUACGUGCAGUAUUUUGAGGGCAUAUGUAUAUGUAUUUCAGAACUAGGAGGAAAUUUUAUUCUUGUUUAAGCUUAUGAAUAUAGCCGUCUGUUACUGUUCUAAAAAUGUUUAAAAGAAACUAAAUGUGAAUAAACAAAGAUAAAUAUAUGAUUAUUAUUAGACAUUGCCCUCCACCUCUGCUCUCCAGUAUUUUGUCUCCGACAGGACAGACGGUUUUAUGACUCUACUUUUCUCUGGGUGGUUGAUUCUGAAAGGGAACAAAAAUAAAGCUGUAUCCUUCCAGGACAGAAAUUGUGAGAGUUGCCACCUGAGCAAGGGACCUAAAUACCAUUUUUCAAAUUCCCAAUGCUUAUUUAAACCAGAGAGAAACAUACUUCCAAAUUUGCCUCUUUCUGUUAGUGAGCAUCCAGGCUCUGUAAGCCAGUAUUUUUUAUCGAAAACUUCUAAAAUGCAAUGGUCAUUGUGAAAAUUCUGAUUUGAAGGUUAGUUCAAGGUAAGCUAACAAAAACAUUUAUUGUGUUUUCUAAAAUAAGCCAGUGUAUUUUGGAACUAUUUACUUAAAUUUGUUUGUUCUUUGGAAUUAGUAUAAAUCCGGAAUGAGUUUGCUGUGUGUGAAUAUGCUGUGACCUGGGAUUGGGGUCCACGCUGUCUGACUGACCUUCUAAACGUUGACUUGGUUUUCCUUACCGUGCAAUGAUUGUGCUUUAGUGCUGCCUAUUUGGGACAAGCCCUAAGGUAUUUUCCUUCCUACCGAUCUAUCUGGAUUUUGGUCUUUUCACUAAAUCGUACAGCUCUCUACUUCUGUUUAAAAAGGGGGAGGGUGUUAGGUAGCCAGUGACUCAAACAGAGACACAGAACUUUUGACAGAGAUGCUGCUUGUGUAGGAGGCAUUACCCAGGGCCGGGCUUAGAGCGGACAGGUGCCGUCUUUGCAUGUCCUCGGCUUGACGCUCAUCAGGCCUGAGCCCUCGGGACCGGGAUGAUAUGGCAGGUGCAGACUCCCUGGCGGGUCACAUUCUGUGUAGAUGUUUUGACUCAUCAGCUCCACUCCUCCUCUUUCCAUUGCCGCCUUUCCCAAGCUUUUUUCGUCUUUUCUAUGUUUUGACUGAUUUUAGAAUAUUUUGCAGCUUUGGAAAAAACAGGGUCUAAGAAUUUUAAAUGUGCCUAUUUCACAGCUCUUGGUCACAAAAAUAUGCUAUUUUUAUUGGAACUUUCAACUAAAUUGCCACUGAAUGUAUGUUGGUUCCUGUGGGUAGCAGUCCCCUCUUAUUUUCCAUUUAGCACCAAAAUAGCUAAUGUUAUUGGAAAUUGACCCUUUAAAGGCUGCCAACAGUAGGAUCUGAAAAGCAGCCCACUACUCAGUUCCUGGGAUCAACUUCCUGCUCUGUGACUUGUGCUCGUUGGGAACCACCUUGUGCCUCUCCGAUUUCCUCAUUGCUACUGCUUAGCCGCGUGCAGCCUGUGCCUUUCUCAUGAACAUUUCGGAUUCACGGGACAGCUCAUUUGCCUUUGGCUGCAUGUCCAGCUUGAAAGAAUAAAGCCCAUUUGGUUUAGUUAAAUGUCCUACUAUGCUGUACCUGUACUUUCAGCUACGUGGUCACUAACCAAGGGAAAAGGAACAGAGCACACUUUCUCUUAGCCAGAGGAGGCUUCAUCACAGUGCUUCUCCAAACAUCUUGGUUAAUUUAACCCCAGCAAGACUUCAAGACAAGGAGAACAUUUUGAAUAAGAUUCUUUUUAAUAUUUGGAUUAUAGUUUAGCUACUGUCAUCCAUUACCAAAUUCAUCAAUACAAACAGUUCAUUUCAUAUUCUUUAGCUAUUUAGGACUUACUAAGCUGGCAAGAUUUUAUAUUUGUGCCAUUGUUUGUUUUAUUUAUGCUUAAGAGCUAAGAAAGUUUGAUAGGAUUUUAAACUUAGGCAAAGGCUGUGAAACCAAUACCAGUACCCUAACAUCAUGGUUGAAACUGAAAGAAACUUUUACACUGGCUUUCUGAUUUUUAAAAGGAAAAAGCAUCAUUUUGGUUCUAUUUCUGUUACAUCGUUUUUCCCUCAGAUAUUUUUCUUUUUGGUAAGAACUUUCCCAAAAGUUGCUUUCCAGAAAACUCAAUAGUAUCUCUUACCUCUUACAGCGAUACUGUUGGAGAUAAGACUAGGUAGUAAAACCCCGAAAGCUUGUUGAGGAGUGUUGCUUUAUCCUGUCAUGUGUUUCUGUUCCUCUAGUGAUGAGAAAUUACAGUAGUUGACUUUUCAUCAUGUAAAAAAUGUCAGCAUCACCACCAUCUCCAUCAAUUCCACUGGGCUUUGGUCUCAUUCAAAUUGUCAGUCUUUAAUCCUUAGAGUUAUUUGGCUCCCUUUUCAUCUUUGAUGCCAGUUCCAAUUAUCUGGCAUCAGAAGCCUUCAUGGUAGGUAGAAUUUUAGGUAAAAAUGCAUCCAAAGCUGUUUUCUCUCCUUAUUACCACUUCCCUAUGUAACUGAAUUGAGAGACAUACUCUGCUCCUGUGUCUGAUCUUAUGAUGACCUGCCUUCUGCUCGCUGAUUCUGAAACACAAAAUGUGAAGAGUGAACAUUUAUUCAUCUACUCCUUUGGCUACUGGAACUCGUCUGUAGUCCUUUAUUACUCAUACUGAAUUCUGAUUCCACUUCUGCUCCCCCUAAAUAGGUCAGAGCACCGCAUUUCUGUAUCGUGAAGCUGUAGAAGAGCUGUUUCUCUCAUACAGACAUAAAACAAAGUGUUUGGAGUAUUUGAAGAACCCACCCCAAUGUUCUCUUGCCAUUUAUCGGAAAGGCCUGGGAUCGUAUGUAUUUCUCUGUUCUGUAAAGGAUUUAACUUACUGCUUCUCAAUAAAAUUUUAUUGGGACUCUA